AUGGAGGAUCCAAAGGAAAAGGCGGCUCCGUCGUCCUCAUCGGCAGAAACCCUGCCCGCGCAGCCUCGGCCUCCCACCAGCGCGCCCACCAGCCCAUCCGGCCCAUCCCCCCCUCCCGAUGGCGGCUUCAAGGCGUGGUCGGCGGUCCUGGGGGCCUGGUGCUGUCUGUUCGUCAGCUUCGGCUGGGUCAACUGCAUCGGCAUUUUCGAGGCGCACUACCAGCACAACCAGCUGAGCGAGUACCCGCCGGGCAUCGUGGCCUGGAUCACCUCCACCGAGGUGGCCGUCAUGUACAUUAGCAUGCCCGUGCUGGGAAAGCUCUACGACAGUUUCGGGCCCAAGCCCCUCCUGUACGCCGGCACCUUCGCCCAUGUCUUUGGCCUCAUGAUGGCCUCGCUCGCAACCGAGUACUACCAGAUCAUGCUCUCGCAGUCGAUCUGCAGCGCUGUUGGUGCGGCUGCCGUUUUCUCGGCCGCUACGGGCUCCGUCGGCUCGUGGUUCUCGAAGCGGCGCGCCCUGGCCCUUGGCAUCGUUGCCUCUGGAUCGUCAGUCAGUGCUUGUAUCCUACCAAUACUUGUCAUCCGCGUUGGUGCUCUCAUCGGCUUCGCAUGGGCGUUGCGUAUCUGCGCCUUCAUGUUUCUGUUCCUCCUCAUCAUUGCUUGCUUCACGCUGGAGUCCCGAAAUCCACCCAAGCCAACCCCGUGGGAGCUGAUGGCGUUUUUCCGACCCCUCGGCGAGACGCCAUUUCUCCUCAACGCGCUAGGCCUUGCCUUCUUUUCCGGCGGCAUGUUCGUUGCCUUCAAUUUCCUGGUGCUGGAGGCGCAGCAUCGGGGCAUGGGAUCCGAGCUGGCCAACUACCAGAUCGCCAUCCUGAACGGCGUCAGUGUCUUUGGCCGCAUCAUCCCGGGCUGGCUGGGCGACAAGGUCGGCCGGUUCAACGUCAUGGUCGUCACAACGGCCCUGUCGGCGGUGGCGGUACUCGCCAUAUGGAUCCCGGCGCCCAUCGGCAGUACGGCAACAACCGUGGUCUUUGCGUGCAUUUUUGGCUUCACCUCGGGCACCUUCGUUGGCAUGACGCCGGCGCUGGUGCAGCAAAUGUCACGGAUUGAGGAGAUGGGUAUUCGGCUCGGCACCACCUUUGGUAUCAUCAGUAUCGCGGCCUUGACGAGCAACCCGAUUGCGGGCGGCCUGAUCAGCCGGAACGACGGCGGUUAUUUGUAUCUCAAGAUCUUUUCUGGGUUGGCAUUGACGGUAGGCUCUGUGCUGAUACUCCUCAGCCGGAACGCGCAGUGCGGAUGGAAAUGGAAGCGAUUCUGA